UUCACAUUGUCUUUGGACACACAAACAGGCGUAUAAAUUCUGACACUCACUGAAAGAUCUGCAGCUUCAACUAUUCCAGUCCUAGACUCGGCAGUAGCUCCAAGAAAGUUGAUAUCGUGGAUGUGGGCAAUAAUGGCGGUGCCUAGGAGUGUGUUAUUACUCCUGCUUUUACAGUUUUUUACUGUAAGAACAUCAGGAACACUUGUCUCCAGCUGUGAUUCAUGUCACGAUGAAGCCGCCUGCCACGAGUCUAAAGAAAGAGGCGACACUUUCUCAAACCAGACGCUCUCUUGUCUCUGUAACGAUGGUUUUGUAGGUGAUGGCCUCAUGUGUUACAGUAUAAAACUCUGUAGUGACUCUUCUUGCUGUAAAGAAGGUUAUCAGUGGUCACCAGACAGGGGCUGUGUGGACACGGACGAGUGCUCUCUUACAGACUCCCCAUGCAAACCAUCUCAGGUUUGCACAAACACUCCAGGCUCUUUCGUAUGCUUGGAGCCUUCCCCCAGCUCCAGAUCAGGUCCCUCCUCCCAGUCUGUCCAGUUCAGCUGUGGAUCCACUGUGUGUCCUUCAGGCACAGACUGUGUCAGAAUGAAUGGGACUCUCCAGUGUGCUGACCCCUGCCAGGAGUACACUGUGCUGAAUGAUGACUGGCGAUCAACAAAUAACACGUCCACCCAGAACCUACACUGUGACCAACAUGUUGACUGGCAAGGCUGGUAUCGGCUGUUUCUGGGGCAAACCAGUGCUCAGAUUCCAGAGAGGUGUGUGGCUGAAAACAGUUGUGGAACCCAUGCUCCUCUGUGGAUAACAACUCCUCAUCCCACACAGUCAGGUCAGAUUGUGAGCCGCACUGUGUGUGGCUCAUGGUUAGGAAGCUGCUGUUUUUUCUCCUCACACACCAUCCAUGUCAAGCUCUGCUAUGGAAACUACUUCGUCUACAAACUUGUGCGGCCAAUCUCAUGUUCGCUUGCAUACUGUGCAGAGGUGAACGAAGCAACUCCUGAAAAUCCUUCAACCACACCUGAUCCAAGUACAGCGACCUCUUCUGCCAGUCAGGUCAAUAUCACCUCCACCACAACACCCGACAACAGCUCAGCAGUUGAGGGUGAGGUCCGUCUGGUUAACAGAGGGAACCAGUCCUGCUCUGGCAGAGUAGAGAUCUUCCACCGUGGACAGUGGGGGACGGUGUGUGAUGAUCAAUGGGGCCUGGCUGAUGCUCAGGUGGUGUGCAGACAGAUGGGCUGUGGCAGGGCUCUGUCAGCACCAUCAGUUGCCUAUUUUGGACAGGGCAGUGGACCCAUCUGGAUGGAUGAUGUCUCUUGCACAGGCAGUGAAUCAAAGCUUGGAGAGUGCAGGCACAGAGGGUUUGGAUCACACAACUGUGGACACAAUGAAGACGCUGGUGUCGUCUGUGAAGCUGCUGCACCAGUCAGGCUGGUCAACUCUAAUAACCGCUGCUCUGGCAGAGUGGAGGUCUACCAUGAUGGUCUGUGGGGGACAGUGUGUGACGAUGCCUGGGACCUCAGUGAUGCUAACGUGGUGUGUAGACAGCUGGACUGUGGCCCUCCUCGUUCAGCAUUACUAAAUGCAGCUUUUGGACAGGGCAGUGGACCCAUCUGGUUGGAUGAUGUUGGUUGUUCCGGCAACGAAACAUCAAUAACAGAGUGCAGACAUCCAGGGCUUGGGGUCCACAACUGUAAUCACGUUGAAGAUGCCAGUGUCAUCUGUGAAGGUCAACCAGAAUCUAACAGCACAGUUGUACCCACCACUCCUGAUCCCAGACCUGGGAACAUCACCACCGCUGAAGUGACAGCUGACAUCCUCUCCACCACAACACCCGACAACAGCUCAGCAGUUGAGGGUGAGGUCCGUCUGGUUAACAGAGGGAACCAGUCCUGCUCUGGCAGAGUAGAGAUCUUCCACCGUGGACAGUGGGGGACGGUGUGUGAUGAUCAAUGGGGCCUGGCUGAUGCUCAGGUGGUGUGCAGACAGAUGGGCUGUGGCAGGGCUCUGUCAGCACCAUCAGUUGCCUAUUUUGGACAGGGCAGUGGACCCAUCUGGAUGGAUGAUGUCUCUUGCACAGGCAGCGAAUCAAAGCUUGGAGAGUGCAGGCACAGAGGGUUUGGAUCACACAACUGUGGACACAAUGAAGACGCUGGUGUCGUCUGUGAAGCUGCUGCACCAGUCAGGCUGGUCAACUCUAAUAACCGCUGCUCUGGCAGAGUGGAGGUCUACCAUGAUGGUUGGUGGGGGACAGUGUGUGACGAUGCCUGGGACCUCAGUGAUGCUAACGUGGUGUGUAGACAGCUGGACUGUGGCCCUCCUCGUUCAGCAUUACUAAAUGCAGCUUUUGGACAGGGCAGUGGACCCAUCUGGUUGGAUGAUGUUGGUUGUUCCGGCAAUGAAACAUCAAUAACAGAGUGCAGACAUCCAGGGCUUGGGGUCCACAACUGUAAUCACUUUGAAGAUGCCAGUGUCGUCUGUGAAGACUCUGCACUGCAUGAUCACCAGCUAAUUUGCAGCCCUGAUAAACUUCAAAUGGGGCUGGAUUUGGCUGACCUCACCUCAGGUUUGAACCCAUACUCUGGCAACUUGGCAUCUCUUAAUUGCUCCUGGGCCAGAGUACAAAAUAACAUGGUGUGGUAUGAAGUAGACGCUGUGGAAGGUGCCUGUGGAAACACUCUGACGACCAACCGCACACAUACGAUCUACUCCAACAGUCUAUUUGUCUACCCUGUUAUCAAUGGGUCCUUUAACCUUCCUGUGAGCAUCCCCUUCUCCUGUGCGUAUCCCCUGGAAACAGACACCAGCCUGAAUGUGGCUAUCAGACCAUUCCUGCCGUCUUCAGGGGGUAUUUUAGGAUCUGGUGCCGGACCCAGUGCCGUCAUGUCUCUUUUCCGUAACUCCGCCUUCACUGAGACUUUCCCAGCUGGAGGGGUCAACCUGCCACUGGGUUCACCUUUGUACGUGGGUGUCUCUGUAACAGAAAGAGAGCUCAGAUUUGUUGUUGUUCUGGAGGAAUGUUACGCCUCUCACUCACCCGAUCCUCACUAUUACCAGCGAUACUCUCUCAUCCAGAACAAGUGUUCGACCGAUGCCCAACAGGUGUCUGUGAUUGAGAGCGGCAUGUCUUUGCGUGCUCGUUUCUCUGCCCUGCUCUUCCUGCUGGAGGACGAUUAUAGAGCCAUUUAUCUUCACUGCAACAUAAGCCUGUGUGACCGAGAGAGAUUUCACUGUGUCCCAUCCUGUCGAAGGAGGAAAUAUCGCUCUGUUUCCAGCUCUGUUGCUAUGGCCCGAGUCACCAUUGGACCAAUUGCUUGGGACAAGUCAACUAAGUGAGCUGGUUACACCAACACAUCCCAUAAUGUCAUAUCAUGAAGACGUUUCUCUUAUGCACAAGACAUGAAACUAUUUUAAAAACUGGUUUAACCUUUUAUAAUCAAACUUUUCACACUCACACACAGUCUGCUCUGAUUCUUCUGUCCUUUGUAAUGAUUGUGUAACAAAUCAACAAUAACAAA